AUGGCUGUUGUAUUCACAAUCAAUGGGAAAUUGUACAACGUUACUUCCGAAGACGUACCAGCCGAUACAUCUCUGAAUACGUUUAUUCGAAACUAUGCUCAUCUUACUGGAACGAAAUUCAUGUGCCUCGAGGGAGGUUGUGGAGCAUGCAUUGUCAACAUUAGAGGGGUUCAUCCCGUUACAAAGGAAACAACUUCGUACUCGGUCAAUUCCUGUCUAUUUUUAGUGUUCUCCUGUCACGGAAUGGAUAUUAUAACGAUUGAAGGUAUUGGAUCAAAGGUGGAUGGGUAUCAUCCGGUGCAGCAGAGAUUGGCUUCCCUCAAUGGGACACAGUGUGGAUUUUGUUCACCUGGGAUGGUAAUGAGUAUGUACAGUUUAAUGGAAUCCAGGAGCAAGCAGCUCACCAUGGGUGAAAUUGAGAAUUCGAUCGAUAGCAACAUCUGUAGAUGCACGGGAUAUCGUCCAAUUUUGGAUGCAUUCAAAUCCUUCGCAUGUGAUGCUAGUGGGAGUUUGGUGAACAUGUGCAGGGAUAUUGAAGAUAUGGAGAAGCGGUGCAGUAGUAAAACAAAAGGAAUUUUAUGCAGUGGUGUGUGUUCUUCUAAAUCGGUUUCAAAAGAAAGCGAAUCAGUGCAUCUGUAUUUUAAAGAUGGGCGGAAGUGGUAUAAAGUUUAUUCUAUUGAUUCGAUUUUUGAAAUAUUGAACAAUAAGGGUACUGAACCAUACAUGAUUGUUGCUGGCAACACUGGUCACGGUGUCUACCGAAGAAAUGCAGAUUUGAAGUUGUUCAUCGAUGUGAAUUCAGUGGAAGAGCUUCAUUCCCAUUGGUUGGGAAGUGAGCUGAUUGUAGGAGCAAAUGUCACUUUGACGGAAUUUAUAAAAAUCUUGAAGGAAGCUGCUUCGAACAAUCCGAAAUUCAAAUACUGUGCCGAACUUGCUGAGCAUGUAACAAUGGUGGCGCAUGUGGCAGUGCGGAAUGUUGGAACGCUCGCAGGAAAUUUAUCCUUGAAACAUCAGCACCAUGAGUUCCCGUCAGAUCUUUACCUGAUUCUUGAAACUGUUGGAGCUCAACUAACCAUAAUGAGUGCUGACGGUAUGAUGGAUAAAGCCACCCCUCAGGAGUACCUCCAAAUGAACAUGGAAAAGAAAAUUCUCACAAGCAUCGUUCUGCCGGCCCUCGAUCCGGCCUAUCACUUCUUCCGUUCCUACAAAGUACAACCAAGGGCUCAGAAUGCCAAAGCCUACGUCAACGGAGCCUUCUUGGUGAAGCUUUCUGCAACAAAAACCAUCAUAGACCGGGCAUCGAUUUGCUACGGAGGAAUUCACCCAAGCUUCACACACGCGAUCGCAACGGAAAAACUACUCGUGGGAAAAUAUUUUUUCCGCAACGCAACCAUUCAGGAGGCACUGGGAGUGCUGGAUGAAGAGAUUAAUCCCGAUUGGGUCCUGCCUGACCCUAGCCCGGAGUUCAGAAUUCAAGCAGCUCUAGGGUUGUUUUACAGAUUCGUAUUGAGCAUAGCACCCAAGAACACCAAGAUUGUCAGUACGCGGUUCCUAUCGGGAGCAACCGCAUUGGAGCGUCCGGUAUCGUCCGGUUUCCAAUCAUUCGACACCUACCCGCGGAAUUGGCCAUUGACGAAAAACAUUCCAAAAACAGAAGCCCUCGCUCAGACAUCAGGAGAAGCACAAUUCAUCAACGAUAUUCCUCAUCUUCAUAACGAACUGCACGCAGCAUUUGUUACGGCUACUCAAUCCAAAUGCAGCAUGCUCCAGAUUGAUCCAACAAGGGCUCUGAAUAUUCCAGGGGUUGUAGCUUUCUACACUGCUAAAGAUAUCCCCGGUCAAAACGAUUUUAUGCCGCUGAGAGUUGGAAUAAACCAUUUCUUUCCAAUUGGGAUUGAACGGGAAGAAGUACUGUGUAGCGGUCGAGUCCUGCACCAUGGCCAACCAAUUGGGCUGAUUGUAGCUGAAACGUUCGAUGUUGCAAAUUAUGCUGCUUCCAUGGUUGACGUUAUCUAUAGUCAUCCGGAUGAGGAAAUUUAUGCGACAGUCGAAGACGUAAUGAAGGCGGGAGCAACGGAGCGUAUAAAGGAUCAGCCCAAUGGUCGUACAGGCUCAGCCUAUGCCACAGCAACGGAAGGGGACAUGACUGUAAUGGGCAACUUUUAUCUCUCUGGUCAAUAUCACUAUUCCAUGGAAACACAGAGUUGUCUUUGUAUUCCCACCGAAGACGGUAUGAAUGUGUACAGUUCGACACAAUGGGCUGAUCUGGUGAGCUCCUCAAUAUCGUUGCUACUAAACAUACCCCAGACUAAAGUUAAUUGCUACUGUCGACGAGUUGGCGGAGCUUUUGGAUCGAAGAUUACUAGAAGUGCCCAAAUAGCUAGCGCAUGUGCGCUUGUAGCUCAUCUUUCACAAAGACCAGUACGGUUGGUGAUGAACAUCGAAGCGAACAUGACUUCGAUUGGAAAGCGUCAAGGCUGCUGGAAUGACUACCAAGUAUCUGUUUAUAAAAAUGGUAAAAUAGCGAAGCUUUCAAAUACUUACACUCACGAUAUGGGAAGCUCCCUCAACGAACCACUCUCCAUGUUCUAUAGUAGAUUUUUUAAAAAUUGUUAUGACGAAAGCUCGUGGCGAACAAUACCAAAGGUAGCACUAACCGAUACUGUCAGCAAUACGUGGCUCCGUGGCCCAGGCUCAGCAGAAGCGUUCGCAUCGAUUGAAACUAUUAUCGAACAUAUCGCCCAUGACACAGGUGUGGAUCCAUUGGAAGUUCGUUUAGCUAAUAUUCCAAUCAAUAGUAAAAUACGCGAGCUUCUACCUAUGUUUAGGAGAGAUACGGAGUUUGACAAACGGAGAACAGAAAUCAACGAGUUCAAUGCUGUUAAUCGCUGGCGCAAACGAGGUAUAUCAUUGAUUCCACUGGCUUAUCAGAUUGAGUAUGGAGGACCGUUCGACGCUUGGGUGGCAAUCCAUCACUUAGAUGGUAGCGUCUCGAUAACUCACUCCGGAGUUGAAAUGGGUCAAGGCGUCAAUACGAAAGCUGUACAAGUCGCUGCUCAUAUUCUUGGUAUUCCCCUCGAGAUGGUUUCCAUAAAACCGUCGAACAGUGUGACGUCGCCGAAUGCUUCAAUAUCGGGUGGAAGUAACGUUUCCGAUUGUGUGACAUAUGCCGUCAUGAGGGCUUGUGAAAUUCUCCUUGAACGCAUACGACCGAUUCGAGAAAUCAAUCCUGCUGCAUCUUGGGAAGAACUGGUCAACACCUGCUUUUCGGCCAAUAUUAGUUUAGUUGCCAGGUAUUUCGCUAAGCAAACUGAACUCAUUUCGUAUACAAUUUGGGCACUGUGUUGCACCGAGCUGGAACUUGACGUGCUGACGGGGACUGUUAGAAUGCCACGAGUAGACAUUUUGGAGGACACGGGUGAAAGUAUGAGUCCGGGGAUCGAUAUUGGACAAAUCGAAGGAGCUUUCAUGAUGGGCGUUGGAUAUUACCUAACAGAAGCUUUGGUCUACGACAAGGCUACCGGAGCGUUAACGAAUAAUCGUACAUGGAACUACAAGCCACCCGGAGCGAAAGAUAUCCCGACUGAUUUCAGGAUAAGCUUGCUCCGAAAUGCUUACAAUCCGGUUGGAGUAUUACGCUCAAAGGCAACUGGUGAACCGGCGUAUUGUUUGGGUAUUUCGGCACUAUUUGCUUUGAGAUAUGCACUGAUGGCUGCUCGAAAAGAUGCCGGACUUGGUGGCGAUUGGUUGGAGUUAGGUUCAUCGAUGACGAUUGAUAAGGUGCUACCUUUAACUGGUAAUGUAAAGGAGCAAUUCUUGAUCGAUUGA